CAAAGAGGUGUUCUUGUGAUACUAAGUGUAUAUAAAGAUACUUUUAUAUUAUAAAUAAAGUAUGUUUCGACCUGUGAGCCAUGUUUUAUUUGACAUGGAUGGACUUAUAUUAAACACAGAAGAGUUAUACACGAUAGGGUUUGAAAAAGUAGCGUCUCGGUAUGGAAAAACAUUCACCUUUGAGCUGAAGUGCCAGAUAAUGGGGCAACAGAGCAGGGAAUUUGCAGCAUCCAUUAUUCAGGGGCUCAACUUGCCAAUAACUGUAGACGAGUUCUUGGAUGAAACUCGGGCUAUCUUUAAUGAACUGUUCCCUGACUGUAAGAUAAUGCCUGGAGUCGAGAAACUCAUUCGUCAUUUACACAAAAACAAAAUUCCUAUCGGAUUGGCUACAAGUAGUAGCAAAGAAACAUACGAUCUAAAAACGCAAAAGCAUCAUGCUUUCUUUGAUUUGCUAACGUACAAAACAUGGGGUUCUUCCGAUCCCCAAGUCAAGUUGGGCAAACCACACCCAGAUAUAUUUUUAGUGGCAGCAAAUAGAUUUCCUGAUAAGCCUGAACCAGAAAAGUGUCUAGUGUUUGAAGACUCUCUGAACGGCGUCAGAGCAGCGCGUGCGGCCGGCAUGCAGGUGGUGAUGGUGCCCGACCCACGGCUGGAUCGAGCGCAGGCCAAAGAGGCUGGCGCCACGCUCACGCUAGAUUCCAUGGAGGACUUUAGCCCUGAACUAUUUGGUUUGCCACCAUACAAUGAUUAGUGCCUACCUGCUCAAACAGACCAGGGAUUAUGUUUCUACUGGUAAAAACUGAGAUUUUUGUCCCAGUAGUUACCACUAAUAAAAGGUGGAAAAUAUCCCCAGAAGUUACUAGUACAUUCUUUUUGGCAAUAUUGAUAAAAAGAAUGUGUUAACAUCUACUGGAAAUAAACAUUCCAUCGAUUACAAGUACUAACUACUAACCCCCUUAUUCAUAAACGUGUACUAGUUACGAUGCCGCUGAUCAUCGUUUGUCCCUUUCCAUAUAAUACGUCGGAAAGGGACAAACGAUGAUCAGCGGCAUCGUAACUUUAGUACGCGUUUAUGAAUAAGGGGGUUAAUGAAUAAAACAGUUUAUUGGUUGGUAACAGGGGGCCUACCGCAAAAACCGAAAUUCCCUAAUUGCGGGAUCUUUCUCUUUUACUCUCACUAAGAUGUAAUUAGAGUGACAGA